UUCACAACCUGGCAACUCUUAAACGAAAUCAUCUUGCACUUCAAGUAAAAGCGCGUUCUCCAUUAAUUUCAAUUUUUUGUUUGGGUAUACAUAUUUCUAUUAUUUCCUAAUUACUAAGACACGAAAAUGAACGAAGAAGAAUUUCUUUUGUGCCCUUACAAUAAGUCACAUCAAAUUAUCCGUUAUCGUAUGCCGGGUCAUAUGAUGAAGUGCCGCAAAAAUUAUCGUGGGCCGCCGCUGGACCAGUGCAUGUACAAUGCAACACAUUUGGUGCCGAUGGGAACAAUGGAUGAACAUUUGGAAUCUUGUCGCGACUAUCAUCAAUUUCAUAAUACGGUGUUUGAGAAGUUGGCAGACAAUUGCAGGCCAAACAAAUAAGGAAAGAAAACACAUGAAAUGUGGGUUGAAAAUGUCCAGCAAUCGGAUGGCGGCAAUUUUUUUUAUAUUAAUUUACUUUAGGAUUUUGAAUUUUUAUUUUUGACUUAAAUCGCGUUACUAUGUAUAAACAAUUGUAAGCUUUUAGGUACAAAUUAUUUAUAAAAACAGUCAUGAAAUUUUGUGGAUUAGCGAAAAAUAUUCAAUGAAUUGUUUUCUAUAAAUAUCAGGAAAUUAAUGGUUUGAUACUCAACCAUGACAAAGUUACGUUUGUCUAGAUUUCCAAGUAAGUAAAUACUGUUUGGUAACAUUUUCGAUUUUAUUUUAUUAUAUUUAUUUCGGUCAAACUCGUGUAUGUACAUAUAUCUUAUUGUAGGAUAUUUAUAAAAAUACUUUCGAAUAUAAUCUGUAGGUAUAUGACAAAUCAUAACUAUCAGCCUAUAAGAUUUAGAUGUGAGACCAACUAUAUAAUAUACAGUAGGAUUCCAAAAUCCCAACAUGUGCAGACGUAACGUCUAAUUUCAUUUAACAAAUGUAGAACCGAACCUGAAAUUUGUUUUUUUUUGUUUGUUUGUAAAGUAGUUUUAUACGCUGAACAUUGUCGUAAUAAAGCUUUAUAUACAUAUAUAUAAUAAAGAAAACUUAAGGUGAUAUUUUAA